GGGCCGAAACGGGGAGCGGGAGAUAAAUAUUCUCGCUGGCUGUCCCCUCCAUCUCUUUGCGUCCGUCUGCAUCCACAGCAUCGACUCACAAAGGGGGAACUGAAAUAGUCAAGAUGCCUGAGAAAGCACCAGAGAGAAAAUCUAAAAUCUCUGCCUCUCGGAAGCUCAUGCUGAAGAGCUUGCUGCUUGCCAGGGCCAAGGAGGAGCUGGAGCAGGAGAUGGAAAAAAAAGAGGAGCAGAAGGCAAAUUACCUGGACGAAAAGACUCCGCCCAUAGAGAUCGCUGGCAUGUCCUUAGACGACCUGAAGGCAUUAUGCAAAGAGCUGCAUGCCAAAAUAGACGUGGUGGACGAGGAGCGCUAUGACAUUCAAGCCAAAGUCUCGCACAACACCAGAGAGAUCAAAGACCUGAACAUUAAGGUGGUGGACCUGCGGGGGAAGUUCAAGAGACCCAGCCUGAGGAGGGUGAGGGUCUCUGCGGAUGCCAUCCUGCGCUCCCUCCUGGGUUCCAAACACAAGGUCUCUCUGGAUCUGCGAGCGAAUCUCAAAUCGGUCAAGAAGGAGGACACAGAAAAGGAGAAGACGGCGGAGGUGAGCGACUGGAGGAAGAAUGUGGAGGCCAUGUCGGGCAUGGAGGGCCGCAAGAAGAUGUUCGACGCAGCAAAAGGAGAAAGACUGUGAACGUCGGUUGUGGGAAGACACAGACGUCAAAGUGCAGAGUCGGCACAAAUAAUGAGUGCAUGAACUCUGAUGUUUUUCUGAAUAUUUGAGAGAUUUUGUUGUGUUGAUUACAUUUUUGAAAACUUUCUAUAUGUUGGUUUCAUUAUUACUAAAAUAAACUUGCUAUAAUGCAGCUUGUAAAAAUAGAAAAAAUACAUGUGAAAGAGGAAAAAAUAAAAUAUUUAUUUCCAAAAUCUA